CCAUUGGUUUCAAGCAGCAGCUUGGAUCCACCAGCUGAAGCUGCUGAACAGGCUGGACUUUAAGGUGAAGAGCAGCAGAUGAGCCAAUCUAUGCAGGAAGAUAAAUCAUGACGCAAACAGAUCUGGUUUCCACUUCUGUGUUUGUUCUGCUGAGCGUGUAGAUAAAGCCUUCAGGGGCACAGUGUGUGUGUGUGUGUGUGUGUGUGCUUACACACAUAAAGUUAAUAUUUAGUGUCGGCUUUAAAAUGCAUCACAAAUGUGUUGGAGCAAGCUGAGGCAGGAGUCGCUCUGCUACCUUCAGGAUCGUUUAGAUUCACUCAUCAUCAUCAUCUUCCUCACUUCUUCCACGCUGCCACCAUGUCGGUUCUUCCUCUGCGGGUCAGAAUGCUCCAGCAGGUCUGGAGGUUGAAGGGACUCGUCGUCCUCGUCUGCAGCCCGUUGGUCCUGCUGCCGCUCGCACUCAGCACCCCGGAGGCAGCCUGUGCUUACGUUAUCACCCUCAUGGCGGUUUACUGGUGCACAGAGGUUUUACCGCUGGCAGUGACGGCGCUCCUGCCAACCGUCCUGUUCCCAGCGCUCGGCAUCAUGGAGUCCAAAGACGUGUGCAUGCAGUACCUGAAGGACACCAACAUGCUGUUUGUUGGGGGGCUAAUGGUGGCCGUGGCCGUGGAGCACUGGAACCUCCACAAACGGAUUGCACUCAGAGUUCUGCUGUUGGUUGGAGUUCAACCUGCCCUACUGAUGCUGGGGUUCAUGGGAGUGACAGCCUUCCUAUCAAUGUGGAUCAGCAACACCGCCACCACCGCCAUGAUGGUGCCCAUCGCACAGGCCGUCAUUCACCAGCUCCAUGGCAACAGUGAGAAGGUCAGUUUUGCCAUGGAGCUGGUCAAGGUCCACAGCAAGACUGUGGCUGUGCAGCAGGAGCCUCAGCAGGAAACCAUCACUAUCGAGCAAAGCGUCAACCCAAACAAAGAUCUGAACCCAACAAUUAAUCCCAGUAAAUCAGAAGAAGUCUUUGACCCCGGAAAUCCAACAGCCAAUCAGGAGGUGAUCAAACCGACCCCACAGGACAAGCCUCCAUCAGACAUCAGCAGUCCAGUGGUCCUGACGGCGGGGAAUAGCAACCCUGGAUCUCAGAUGCAGCUGGAAGAGCUGAGUGAUGAGGAAGAGGAGAAGAAGAGAAUGAGGAAAGGUCUUCUGCUGUGUGUGUGCUAUGCUGCCAGUAUUGGAGGCAUCGCCACUUUGACAGGAACCGGGCCCAACUUGGUUCUGAUUGGACAAAUGAGCCAACUGUUUCCUCAGAACGGCAACGUGAUCAACUUUGCAUCAUGGUUUGCAUUCGCCUUCCCCACUAUGGUGCUGAUGCUGACACUGGCCUGGUUCUGGCUGCAGUUCCUCUUUGUUGGCUGCAACUUCAGGAGGACAUGGGGCUGUGGCUCGGCCAGGUCCCAGAAGGAGAAGGCCGCGUACGACGUGAUCAGGGAGGAGCACAGGCGGAUGGGACCCAUGAGUUAUGGUGAGAUCAGCGUCCUGGCACUCUUCCUCCUCAUGGUGGUGCUGUGGUUUACAAGAGACCCACGCUUCAUGGAUGGCUGGGCCACCCAUCUCUUCAACACCAAAGCAGAGUUCGUCACCGACGCCACCGUCUCGCUGUUUGUCGCCAUUUUGCUAUUCGUUCUUCCCUCUGAGCCGCCACGGUACCUCUGGUUCUGGAGACGCUCCGACUCUGAGAGCCAACUGUCCCGAGGCCCCGCCCCUCCCCUGCUCACCUGGCAGGUGACUCAGGAGAAGAUGCCCUGGAACAUCGUCCUCCUCCUAGGCGGAGGAUUCGCUCUGGCUAAAGGCAGCGAGGAGUCUGGUCUUUCCCGCUGGCUCGGCGCUCAGAUGACACCGCUCCACUCCGUCCCUCCAUGGGCCAUCUCCAUCAUCCUUUGCCUCCUCAUCGCUACCUUCACAGAGUGCGCUAGCAACGUCGCCACGGCAACGCUCUUCCUGCCCAUCCUCGCCUCCAUGUCCCAGUCCAUCAGCCUGAACCCGCUGUAUGUGAUGAUCCCUUGUACCCUCAGCGCCUCCUUCGCCUUCAUGCUGCCGGUGGCCACGCCCCCCAACGCCAUCGCGUUCUCUUCCGGUUUCCUCAAAGUGUCCGACAUGGCUAAAACCGGUGUGGUGAUGAACAUCAUCGGGAUCGGCUGCAUCAGUCUGGCCAUCAACAGCUGGGGGCGUGUAAUGUUUUCUCUGGACUCUUUCCCCUCCUGGGCCAACAUCACCACUCCGGUUUAGAACCCACAACCUACUGCCAGCAGGGAAUCUCUUGUCAUGAGCCUCCAGAAAGCAGAGUUCUCCUGAAACUAUUUUCACCUUUAAUUAUUCCAGAAAGUUCCAGAGAAGUCGGUACAUCUUCUUCUUUAAUGUGUGUGUCUUUGUGCCACAGCUGCAUGAAGCUGCAUGAAGCUGCAUGAAGAAGAUCAACUCAUCAACUGUUCAAUCAGGGUUUCACAUUUUAUCAUCAACAACAACGUCUGUGAGCUACAUCCAAAGAAGGCUGAGCUACAGGUUUCCAGUCUGAGAUGUUUGCAGACGUCUGGAGUCUUAAGGCCCUGGAGAACAGGCAGAACAUCUCUUAGGACAACAACAGUCAAUAGGGGGGUGUAUCCCUUCCUGGUGAGAAGAUCCAAACAUGUUGGAUUACGCUGGAAAGAUUCAGGGAUGUUUGUAUCCCGUGACCAAAGUCUUUAAUUUCAACAAGGCUGUUGUCAUGGUGACCAAUAAAAUGAUUUGAGCUCCUGCAUUAGAGUAAAUAAACCAACAUUAAUCAUUAAUUUCAUUACUUUUUAUAGAUUGUCAGAUUUCUCAGAAGGAUUACCAGCAAAAGCUAAAUAUUAGUAGUAUUUGAAAAUUUGGACUAAAGCUGUUUUUACACCAAUGACCAGAGAAUUUUAGA